GAUUUCUUUUAGCAACAACAACAACACUGAAAUAAAUAAAAAAAAUGCAAUUGAAUCUCUAACGAAAGAAGCAAAAAAUCUCUCAGAUCUAAUAAAGUUGUGAGAUCGUCAUCGUUGUUUGUUUCUCUCAUGUGAAUCGAGGAUCCGAUCUCGCCACAAUCGAAGCACGCGGGUUGGGUUGGUUUUGGUGAUGGCUCCAACGCGGAUUCUAACCAGAGACGAAGAGCUUGGUGCCGUAUCUGACGAUGAUGAUUCGCCAUCUGGUAAACGAUCUAAACUCGAUCGUUUCCCUCUUAGCCGUUGGGAGCUCGCUGUUUCUCUCGGCGUCUUCCUCGUCUUCUCCUCUGGACUCUGUUGUAUCUACAUGACCAUGCCUGCUGCUGAAUUCGGCAAACUCAAGCUCCCCAGAAGCAUCGCUGAUCUCCGUUUGCUCAAGGAUAAUUUGGCAAACUAUGCGAAUGAGUACCCGACGCAGUUCGUUUUAGGGUAUUGUGCCACAUACAUUUUUAUGCAGACCUUCAUGAUUCCAGGGACUAUCUUCAUGUCACUCUUAGCUGGAGCUCUCUUUGGUGUAUUCAAAGGUGUUUUCUUAGUUGUUUUCAAUGCAACAGCGGGAGCUACGUCGUGUUUCUUUCUGUCGAAAUUGAUCGGUCGGCCAUUGAUUACUUGGCUUUGGCCUGACAAAUUAAGAUUCUUUCAGGCUGAGAUUAGUAAGCGUAGAGAUAAGCUUCUGAACUAUAUGUUGUUUCUGAGGAUAACACCAACUCUGCCAAAUCUUUUUAUCAAUCUUGCUUCUCCCAUUGUCGAUGUACCUUUCCAUGUCUUCUUUUUGGCGACAUUGAUUGGUCUCAUCCCUGCAGCUUAUAUUACCGUCAGAGCUGGCCUUGCUAUUGGAGAUCUCAAAUCGGUGAAAGAUCUGUAUGAUUUCAAGACAUUAUCAGUGCUUUUCCUCAUCGGGUUCAUCUCUAUACUUCCCACAAUAUUGAAAAGGAAGAAGAUAUAUGAAUAGCCAAGGAGAGGCAUCCUUAAUGUACACAGGCUUAACCGUCAAUGCCAUACAGAGGAUAAGAAUACACUUAACUUUGUUUAGAGGAUACAACAGAACAAAAAUGUUGAUUCGUUUACUUGGCACUUAUCGUAACGAUUCAUUUAAAAUAGUGUUUUUUGGUCAUA